AUGGGGCAUAUUGCCAGCCAAUGUCCCAACCAAAACAACCUGGUGGUACGUGCAAAUGGAGAAAAUGAGUCGGAUGAAGAAGAAAUUGGACAUGAAUUCGAUGUGACAAUCGAUGAGGAGGAAGAAGUAGAACAUGCCCUUGACGGAGAGCUUCUUGUUGUCAAGAGGAGUCUUAGUAUCAAAAGUAUAGAAGACGAGCAACAACGAGAAAACAUCUUCCAUACUCGUUGUCAGGAUUUCCAAGACGUUUUUUCAGACAAUGUGCCAAGUGGGUUACCACCCCUUCGUGGGAUAGAGCACCAAAUAGACUUUGUGCCCGGAGCUGUGAUCCCAAACCGACCAGCGUACCGGACUAACCCCGAAGAGACCAAAGAGCUACAACGAUAA